CUUUGUCUUGAACAGGAGAGAGGAAAUGACGAAUCUCUGGGCUACUCUGACUCUCUUCCUCUGAUCGAUUGCAGCUGCCUGGGGCUCCACGCCAUGAACAGCACCCCAAGGGAUGCCCAGGCCCCAAGCUACCGCGAGUGCCUCCUGCCUUCUGUGGCCCGGACCCCCUCUGUCACCCAGGUCACGCCAGCCAAGAAGAUAACUUUCCUCAAGCGAGGGGAUCCUCGGUUUUCCGGGGUUCGCCUGGCUGUACACCAACGCACUUUCAAGAGCUUGGGCACGCUGAUGGAUGAGCUCUCCCAGCGCAUGCCCCUCUCCUUUGGGGUGCGCUCCGUCACCACGCCCCGAGGCCUGCAUGGCCUCAGCGCCCUGGAGCAGCUGGAGGAUGGUGGUUGCUACCUCUGCUCCGAUAGGAAGCCGCCCAGGACCUCCACUGGGCCAGGCCGGCCGCAGGAGAGAAGUUCCUCUGCUCAGCAGUCCCAGGAUGUCAAAGACCAGUGCGAGGGGCCAGGAAUAUCCUCUUCCCGGAAAAAUCCUAAAACCCCAAGGAGGAUAAUGUUGGUUAAGAAUGGGGACCCUCGAUUCCAGCAGACAGUGGUCCUCAGUCACAGAGACACCAGGAGCCUGUCGGCUUUUCUCAGCAGAGCCACAGGCCUUCUGCACUUCCCUGUGAAGCAGGUGUACACACCCAGUGGGGAAAAGGUGGGUUCUCUGAAGGCUCUUCUGCGCAGCCCCUCGGUGCUGGUGUGUGCCGGCCAUGAGCCCUUCAGACCUCCAGAAGGUGCCAAAAGAAGUGGGACUGGAACUUUAUCGGGGCAGACAUCAAGGAAUAAAAAUGGGAGCUGGGGCCCCAAGGCCAAGCCAAGCAUGACCCACUCGAGGUCCAGGCCGGGAAGCAGGCCGCAGCGGUCUUCCUUGCUGUCGGCGAGGGCUGGUCUCGGCGACCCCCUGGUGUCCCCGUAUCACACCAGGGUGGGCCCCGCUCCUGACCGGCACCCUCAGGACAUGCCUGCCCAGCUGGGUCCGUUGGUGGCCCGUGAUGGCGUGGAGAAGAAGGUGCACUUGAACGAGGACGGCAGCCUGUCUGUGGAGAUGAAAGUCCGCUUCCACCUACUUGGCAACGACAUGCUCCUGUGGCCCAGGAGGGCCGGGAGGGCCAGUGGGCAGGGCCGUGUUUCCAGGGAGGCAGACCCCCUCCACUGUGUGUGGGAGGGCCACCCUGGGGGCUCCUCGGAGCCUGGAACACGGGGGCUGGGGACUCAAGAGGCAGGAUGCACAGAAGUCUGUGAGCGAGGCCAGUGGCAGCCAGGGUCCGGAUAUGAGAUCUGGACGAACCCGCUGUACACCGCCCAGAGAGAGGGGACGGCCUCCUGGGGGAGGUCCCGGCUGGCCCAGCACUCCCCCUGCAGGGGCCCCUGGAGCCGGGGGGUGGCCGGCAGGAAAAGAAGCAGCCAGGACAGCGGCAGCCCUGCCUCCAGUGACAGAGCCCCCGACGGCUCUGAGCCAAACUCCUGCUGCUCCAGGUCCCCAGAGGGCAGCUGCACCCUGCGCCUGGCCUCCGGGGCUGCCCCCCAGAGAGGAUCAGGGUGGGAAGCUGGUGGCACACCCCAGGCUGCUGAGGGCCUGGGUCCAGAGGGAGCAGGGCCGGGCAGCAGGGGCCACCGCUGCCUGGAACCCAGGGCCCAAGGUGCGGCAAGUGCUUUUUCUGACGCCUCAGCGAGUGCCGGGGCUCAGGAGGAGUCCAGUGAAAGGGGUGAGCGGCACCAGGGCCACACCAGCAGGACCAGGCCGGUGACUUCCCCACGGAAGGCCACCCCUGGAGUAGGACCCUGUUCCUCUACUGCGAAUCCCUCGUCUUUGAGGAACGAGGACCCACGGGCGGAGGGGAGUGAACAGGACACUGGACCCCCGCAGCCCAGGGGUGGGUCUGGGAGGAGACUGCCCCUGGCUUCUAGCCCUUUGGGCUCUGGGGACACUGCAGAAGGCUAUUCCCCGGCCUCCACCUGCGCCUCAGCCACAGGCAGGAGAAGAGAGCAGGAGAGCAGAGCCAGUGCCGUGUCCUCACCCAGCAUUUCUGGCGUUGGCCGAGGGGCCCAGAGAGGCCGCCCCAGGCAGCACCACAGCCAGAGGCACACCCACUGUCCGCUCAACUCACCUGUGUCCAGGCCAAUGCUGGGCCCCCCCAGCACAGGCAGGCUCUGCCCAGCCCACCUAGCACCACGCUUUUCUGGAAGCUCCUCUAGCGCCAGGAACCCGGCCUCCCGGGACCCAGGGCCACCCUCCUUGGCCUCCCCUAACUCCCAGGACACACGAGAGGCCAGCAGUGUCCCCGCUACUCCUGUGAGCAGUUCGGACUGUGCCUCCAAUUUCUACCCCCCAUUCUCUCCCUCUGCCGAGACCGAGUUCAGGUCACACUCACUCUCCACCACAUCCGACCCUCUCAGCUCCCCAGGAGGUGGCCUGGGAGGAAAGGCAGGGGGCGGCCCCAAGGCUUCCCGGCCCUUGAGCCUGCCAGUUGGACAGCAUGAGGGGGGCAAGCCAGGACCCCCCCGAGAGGGGUGCGGCUCACAGAUGGGCACACCCCGGGCCUGCAGGGCCCCUGGUGGUGAGAUGCAGGCCUUGCUGGCCCCCCAGCCUCAGAGCAGCCAGGAGCCCCUCUCUGAGCCCUGCUUGGUGUGCAGCGGGUACUGUCCCACUCCGCCCAGGGCAAGGCCCCCUGUCAGGAAACACCCUUUGUGCAGCAGCAACAGAGACCACAGAGACCACGGUGCUCACUGGGCGCCAGGGGCCGCCGAGCAGGGGGAGGAGCCGCUAGACGUGCAGCGCCCAGGGCCCCCCAGAUCUCAGUCAGGGGGCAGGGGGACAGCAGUCAGAGCAGUGAGAAGGGGCAGCCCCAGCCCAGGUCCCCGGCCUGGGAGAAAGCUCCAGGCACAGGUCACUAGUGGAGGGGAAGGCCUGGAAGAGCGAGAGGACAGUGGUCGUGUGACGCCGGGUGCUCUGCCCCGGGCCUCGCCAGAAGCCGUGGUCCGUGGGUGGCUGAGCAACAUCCCGGAGGAGCCCGUGCCUUUGAGCUACGAGAUGGUGGAUGACAGCAUGGAGGCGGCUGGGGACGGCCCAGAAGGCCCCACGGAAGACCCUGUUGACACACAUCCCCCAGAAGGCCUGGGGGAGCCCAUUCAGGCCAGACGACCGUCCCUGGAAGGGGCCGCCAGCGAGGAGGCAGACCCAGAGGGAGCCCUCCCGGUGACUGGUGACGCUGGUCCCCAGCCAGGAGAGGGUCCUCCUCCCAGCAGGGCUGCGGAAGCCCCCGAGGAGGCUGGAGCAGGUGAAGGGGCUGCUGGGGACUGUGGUGGGGGCCAGUGUGUGCUUCCCAGCAGGGUCUCAGUCUCCAUACAGAUCAUGAAGGCGCUGAUGGGCUCCAAGCAGGGCCGGCCCAGCAGCCUGCCCGAAGUGUCCGGCCCAGAGGGCAGGAGGCUCGGCCGCUCUGCCCGGGCCCUCAUCACCUGCCUCGCCAGGCUCCACUUCUUCAAUGAAGACCGUGGGUCUCCCACCGGCAAGGCGAGGUGCACAGACUCCUCUCGGUACCAGGAGCUCCUGAGCACCUUGCAGGCCUCGUGGCCCGGGUGUGGCCUCGGGCGGGGCGAGCCGGACUCGGGCCCCCGGGGGUGUGGCAGGAGCUGGGCUCUGUCGGGCCUCGGGCCCCACGCUGUGACUGAGGCCUUCACACCAACGUCCUCAUCCGGCGUGGAUGUCGGGAGUGGUUCUGGAGGUUCGGGGGAGGGCAGCGGACCCUGUGCCGUGGACUGUGCCCUGGUCUCUGAAAGGGGAGAGCUGCCCUCGGAAAUCCCCUACCAGAGGCCUGACUCCAGAACCACAGAGAACCCAGAAGAACCGGGAAAUCGUGAGUCGAUUGGUUCCAUGGCCUCUUCAAGUUCCCAAGUGUGGGCUGGUGCCACCAGGAGGGGUGAGGCAGGAGGAAGCUGCGGGGAGCAGGCGCGGGGCAGGGACCUGGACCAAGUAAUUGAAAACAGGAUGCAAGGAGAGGCAGUGCAGUUAGAGAAAACGCAAGAAGAAAAAGAAAGAGCAGAACCACACGGAGAGGGUGUCUGUGGAUUUCCAGAAGAGGAAAGAACCACCGGACAAGACUCAACAGGGGCUGGCUCUCAGGAUGGAGCCGGUGCCCCGGAAGAUGAGAGCGUGCAGGAAGAGGAAGCAGGAGGAGGAGAGCCUGACUCCGCUGCACUGCACCCUGCAGGGAGGAGAGAGAGGACCCUUGGCGGCCUCACUGAGAGAGACUCAAAUGCCAGUGGGAGUCAAAGCAGCCCCAAUGCUGAGCCUGGUUUGGAGACGCUGCCCAGAACAGCUGACUCAGACCCUGAGCAAACCCAGGCCAAGUCCACCCAGGGGGCUGCAGAGCAGGGCACUUCUGUGGCUCACAGAGUGUCUCCGGACCCUGACCCACUCUGGGUGUCCAGGCUGCUGAGGAAGAUGGAGAAGGCCUUCUUGGCCCACCUGGCCAGCGCCAUGGCUGAGCUCCGAGCCCGCUGGAGCCUGCAGAACAACGACCUGCUGGACCUGAUGGUGGCUGAGCUGCAGCAGGACGUGAGCCAGCGGCUCCAAGGCAGCACCGCAAAGGAGCUCGGAAAGAUCCAGAGCCGGGUGGGGAGGAAGGCCCUGGGGUCUCCCAGGGUAGCCCUCAGGUGGGAGACGUCCCUGCAGACAGAGCAGCGCAGGAGUCGCCUCCAGGGCCUGCACAACCUCUCGGCCUUCUCCGAGCAGACCCGGGCCCCGGGCGCCCCCUCCCUCUCCUUGGACGAUGUGCCAAACCUCAGUGGAGCCCUGGGGACCCGGCUGGGUGGGGAGGCCGGCGGGGAGGAGUUCUGUCCCUGCGAAACCUGUGUAAGGAAGACAGUGACUCCUGUGUCCCCGAAGGACAUGAUGGGCAUAGCCAGGGCACCCAUUAAAAAGGCCUUUGACCUGCAGCUAAUUCUGCAGAAGAAAAAAGUAGGAUGUGCUAAUGGGGAGACAACAGGGAUGGCCCCUGAGAAGACAGGGAUGGAGGUGCUUCAGAGAGACCCCUCAGGGACAGGGACUGCCCAGGGAGCUGAUGGAGGCCUGGAGCUGGGGUUAGGCCGGGGCCUUGGGGCAGAGGAGGGGCAUGAAGAUGUGGGCAGAGGUGAAGGUGCAGGAGGAGAGGAAGAGGAGGAGGCCACUCAGAAGAGAGGAGGGAACACAGAUCCCUGUGGAGGCCACCCCUCGGAGGCAGUGGGGUGGGAGGAACAGGGCGUGGGUGACAAGGGAGAGAUCAGAGAGGGGGGCUCCAGGGCGGAGCUCAGUGUGCAGAGCGAAGUCUGGGGAGGCGCUGACCGAAGUCCAGGAGGACAGAAUGACACCAGAGAGGACCAGGAUGUGGAAGGAGAGGGCCAGCCCAAGUCGGGAAGAGGAAAUCUAGGCGAGAAGGAAGGGAGUCCACAGGCUGGCCCCAGGCAGGGCCAGUCAGGUGAGGCUUCUGGACACAGCAGCCCAGACCAAGAUGGGGGGCCCACACCACCUUCUGCCUCAGGUGGAGACACCCCAGACCACAGGUCAGGCCUGAAAACAGGCCUCUUCUCAUCCAGAGCAUCAUCUCUGGGAAACUGCUCUCAGCUCUCCCAGAAGGGCUCUGAGGAGGGGUCUUCAAAUGGAGACAUGAGCACGUUUGGAGAUGAGCCCAAGGGAGUCCCGGGCUCCGAAAGAAAUGGCACAGGUGUGUCUCUGGAAAGCUCCACUUCUGCACGAGAAGGGCCCUCCUCGGGCUCUGGGACUCCAGAGCGAGGAACAGAUGAGAAUCUGACUCCAGAGCCCAGAGCAGUCCAAGGCUCUGACUUAGGAGCUGAGACGAGAGUUAAAAGUCUCCCUGGGACAGAAAUUAGGUUUGGCAACCUCACCAUGGACAGGACCCAUGGCUUUGGCCACGACGACUUAGAUUUUUAGAGAUUCAGCGGUGAGGUGCCCAUGAGUCGGCAGCUCUGCUUUUAUUCGUGUAUUGUCUACAAACCUGAGCGUGGCUCAGACCCCUGGCAAUGUACAAGGAGCGUGGGGGAAAGAUAAAGGACAUGCCAAGGGCACAGCCACACCAUGCUGUCCUGGCUUCUAAAUUCUGGAGCUUCAGCGGGCCGCUGGCCCUCCCAGGCACUGUGUGAAGGUUAUCUCAGCUCCGCCCUGUUGUUCCAGGUCAGCCUGCCCCUCCAACUGCCUGCGGAGCCCAGGGGGAUGGGACUGCUUGGCAGAGCUCCAGGAGAGUUUUUGUUUGUGUGUUUGUUUUUUGCGAGCAAGUGUUUCUCUCAUUCUUUUGUCUAUUGAUCUCCUGUUAUUUUUCUCCUUGGCCUCUCUUGGCAUUCACCUCGUUUGACUUUGAGGUGCUUUUCUCUAAGUCUUGAAUAUAUUUGGUGACUCUGCAGAUGUGCAAAAAUUCAGGGAGAAGCAGAUAAAUUCAGGGUCAUUGGACAAAGUUUGUUCUUAGUGUAAAAGACCAAGUGCAUUUCCUUUUUAAAAAAUAUUUAAAUUGAUUUGGAGGAGAGAGAGAGAGAGAGAGAGAGAGAGAGAGAGAGAGAGAGAGACAUUGAUUUGUUGUUCCACUUAUUUAUUCAUUCAAUGGUUGAUUCUUGUAUAUGCCCUGACUGGAGAUCCAACCCUCAACCUUGGUGUAUCAGGAUGGGAUCAUGCUCCAAUCAACUGAGCUAGUUGGCCAUGCUUCUUAACUUAUGUAUAUAUUUUUGGGUAAUGGAAACUGUGAAAAAGGGGAAAGAAGGAAAAGCAGUCACCUAUGAUCCCACCACUCAGAGAUAACUUGUGUUAGAGGUUUGAUUUUUUUCCUAUCAAAUGGAUUUUCUAACCAUUUGAUGGUGGAUGUCAUUCUUAUACACUUCUUUUUUUUUUUUAAACUUAACAAUGUAAGCAUGUUCCCUCUUUAUCGCCAGAUCUUUAUAAACCUACUAGAGGCCCAGUGCACGAAAUUUGUGCACUGGGAGGGGGGUGUCUCUCAGCCCAGCCUGGGCCCUCUUGCAGUCAGGAGCCCUCAGUCAGACAUCCUUAGCACUGCCGCAGAGGUGGGAGAGGCUCCCGCUCCUCAGCCAUGAGCCCGGCUUCUGGCUGAGCAGUGCUCCCCCUGUGGGAGUGCACUGACCACCAGGGGGCAGCUCCUGCAUUGAGUGUCUUCCCCCUGGGGGUCAGUGCAUGUCAUAGCAACUGGUAUUUCAGCCGUUUGGUUGAUUUGCAUAUUAGCCUUUUAUUAUAUAGGAUUUUAAAUACCUGAAUAAUACAUUAUCUAUACUGAUAAAAGGGUAAUAUGCUAAUUAGACUGGAUAGACUGGAUGUUCCAGACAAAGCUACAGUGGUGGGGGCCAAGGCAGAGGUGGUUAGGGGUGAUGAGGCCAGCAGGGGAGCAGUUAGGGGGUGAUCAGGCUGGCAGGGGAGCAUGGUUAGGGGCAAUCAGGCUGGCAGGGGAGAGUGGUUAGGGGCAAUCAGGCAGGCAGGCAGGUAAGCAGUUAAGAGCCAGCAGUCCCAGAUUGUGAGAGGGAUGUCCGACUGCUGGCAGUUGGACAUCCCCCGAGGGGUCCUGGAUUGGAAGGGAUGCAGGCCAGGCUGAGGGACCCCUCCCCCAUGCAUGAAUUUCAUGCACUGGGCCUCUAGUGAGAAUAUAAAAUACUUUACUGCAUCAUUUCACUCUUGUCAACCAUUCAGAUGGUUUCCAUAAUUUUUUAAAAAUGUUUUUUUCCCCCUGAACUGCAGAUAAUUUUUUUAGGAUAGACACCCAGGAAUGGAAUUACUGGGUCUAAGGAUAUUGACUUUUAUUGAAGGCUCUGGAUAUCUUGUCACCAAACUGUUUUUCUGAAGGCCUGUACUAACUGACAUCACUUGGCCCGACACCCUCUCACAGGUGUUUGGUCUACUCGUUAAAAUGAGAAAUCUUUUGCUAACUUCAUGGGGAAGAAGAGUAUCUCAUUUUAAUGGGGUGUUAUUUUAGCUAUAUUUUAUCAUUACUGAGAUUACAGAGUUUUCUAUGUUUUUACAAAAGCUAUUUGCAUAUAAGUUAUAUAUAUGCCUUUUGCCCAUUUUUCAACUGGAAUCCUACCUUUUUUUUUUUAACGAAUUGAUUUCUAUGUGCCCCUUAUAAUACUUUUGAAAUUCUGUUUAUCAUUUUUGAGGUUUAGAAAAAUGCCCUUUCUCUGUACCCUUCUAUAGCCAGCCUUGCCCUGGGUCCCAUCUGGGUAGGGAGCUUCGUGAUGGGGCUGAAUUUCUUUGACUCAUACAUGACCAUUUUGUAUAUUGAGACUGAUGAAAACAAGAAUAGCUGUUGUUCACUGGUUAUUUAAAUGUAAACAUUAAUAAUAAAGAUAAAUAAGUAAUCUAUAAUAAUAAAAGGGUAAUGUGCUACUUAGACUGGACAACCUUCCGGACGAUGCUGGGACUGCAGCCGUGGGAUUGAGGAAGCCGCUGUGGCUGCAAGGGAUCCAGGCAGCCGCUAUGGCUGCAAGGGCAGGAUCCAGGCUGCUGCCGUGGCUGUGAAGGCCUACUCUUGCAUGAAUUUCAUGCAUCAGGCCUCUAGUAAUAAAUAAAACAAAUAUUGGGCCUGGGCUGUGUCCUCAUGCCUGCAGCCUUCAUUCCUCUCUGCUUCUGAGUGCUGGAGAUAUUCUUAAUAAAACUUGACAU